UAUUUCAAGGUGGCUGAAUCAUUGUGUCCAUCAUCGAGAAAAACAAGGAAAACGUGGAAUAGUCGGAGAGCUAAAUAUAAAUAAAGAACUUAUAAAUAAAUGUAAUAUAUACGCAAUGUACCUGAAACUAUACUCAUUUAGCUUAUUUCAGUACAACCGUGAAGGUGUAGUAAAUAUUUAUAUGAGGUCGGGGGAAUUCCGCAUACUCACACUAUCACAGCGUCCAUCCAUAUCUUACAAUCACCAAUAAUAAUAACAUGUUACUACCCUAUGCUACACAAAUUAAUGUCAUUUUAAUACCAUAAAAGCAUAUUGUCGUAAGUACCUAGUUAUUUUAGUUAUUUUGGGUUAGUAUUAGAAAUAUAAAAAUACUAUAACUAUAAUUCUGGUAUUAAAUUGUAUUAUAAGUAUAAGGUGAAUAAUGAGUAAUGUUUCAAUAGAGUGUUUCAUGUCUUGUGUAUCGAACGAUGAGUAUGCCUGUCGAAGGUUUACAAGCCUUCUACGUCAGUUGGCUAACCAAAUGUUAGCUAUGUGUGGUGGUUCAAACAGACUGUUUCCUGCAGAGGAAACUACGCAUCACAAGGUUAAACAAUGACUGAAUCCUUGGACUGAACAUGAAACGAGUGUGUAAAUGAAAACGACGAAUCACGAGAAAGGGUGGGGAGAGAGUGCGCUCUGCCCCGGCAGAAGGAAGCGGACGGAAAGAGAGUGUGUCGGGAGACUCCCUAGGAGGAGGUCCUAGGAUGGGGACUGAGAGCUUUGUCAGAAGGAACAGACUUGUAGAGUCUUAAGUUUGUACUUGUAAUUUCUAUGUAUCAAGAAGUGGAGGUAAAAGCUUUGUAGAGUUUAAUACUUGUAACGAGCCAAGAAUGAAGAAUAAUAAUAAGAGUUGUCCUGUCUGCAGUAUUAAGUUAUUGCUUUUUAUCGCUCCGCUGCCCCACAUAGCCUCACCUAUAAGGAACCAGCCGCUCGGUCACGACAUUAUGGUGUCAGAUGUUGGGGUUGCUGUGAGUGAAUACUGCGUAAGGACAGUCGAAUACAAAUCUACGAGAGAAUAAGAGAGAAAGGAAAAUCGUCCGUCACUGGUAUCAGAGCACCGCAUCCCAGGAGCGACGGCGAGUCAGAGUGUUUGAAGAAGAUAUCAACUUCCGCGAGGCAGCGACUGGACUACUGAUAAUCAGCGAGGAAAAGGCAACAACGUAUCCAAACAACAUCAACAACGAAGACGACGUGAAGCCCCAUUCGUCAUACUCCAAGAGUCCAAGAGGAUGUUGACAUAGCAGAUAGGAACAGCCGACGCCGCCAGCCGAAGAUAGCCCCGCAGUAAGGAAGAUGCGACAGCUGCAGACGGCAGCGCGAGAGACGACCAACCGGAGCUACGUGUGAAGAGCUAAGGGCCAUGGGUACCCUCACGAAAUUUAUUAUAAUAAGUCAACUCAUUUUUACCCUGUUGCUGAACCCUGAACAUGUGAGUGGAGUGUCAUCAAGACUAGACAUUCAAAUCACUAAAAUUGAAGAAACUUCGGGACUGUACUACGAACAUAACGGCAAUGGACGAUUGUAUAAUACUGAAUGGAGAUUAAUCUCCUAUUUAAAUUUAAGUCAGCCUGAAAAUAAUUAUAAUACGAUAAGACGAUAUGUAAGUGUUGUAAAUGAAUUAUGUAAUAAGGAAAUUCCGGUGUAUAAGGGUAAAACUCUAUGUUCUAAUACUAUAACAAAAUUAUCAAACAGGUUAGACGCCACUGCGCGCACCAUAGAAAUUAUAGGAGGUAUAACCAAAGACCAUGUUAGUCCUAGAGUAAAAAGAAGUUUCUUUCCAUUUAACCUAAUAGGGCAAUUGAUUAAAGUGAUUUUUGGUACGCUAGACGAAGAAGAUGCAGAAUUUUAUAAUAAUAAAAUUACGAAACUUGAGAGCGAACAAUUAGACUUUCUUAAGUUGAGUAAGGAACAUUUUAUGUUAUGUAAUUAGACUACCAGUAACUGAUCAUUUAAUUUUUGAUAUAUAUAGAAUCAUUCCAUUGCCUGUAAAAAUGAAAACUGCCACAAACAAAUAUGUUUUCAUAGAUCCGGAAACGGAUUAUAUUAUGAUGGAACACUCAAAACAGUACUACGCAAAAAUAAGCAAGUAUGAAUUAAGUAAGUGUAAAGUAAUAACUAAAACUCUUAGAGUGUGUAGACAAACCUUUCCAUUGAUAAAUACUUAUGCACGGGAAGAUUGUGCAGCCAAAUUAUUGUAUACUACAGGUCCUAUACCUAGCAAUUGUGUUAAGAAAAUAGUAGAGCUAAAGCAGACCCUUUGGAUUCAGCUAGAGCACAAUGAAUGGUUAUAUAUUGCGCCAGAUAAAGAAAAAAUUACUAUAGUUUGCGAUCAAACUGGACCUUUUGACGCAACAGUGGAAAACACUGGCAAACUUAAGUUUAUAAGUGCAUGUAAAGGUUACGGUACCAACAUCUUUAUAUCCUCCCAACUGGAGUUAACUACUAACACUAGCACAAAAGAUGUUAUUCCCAAAAUAAAUCUUGACAUAGAUUGUUGUGAUGAAACAAACUAUAAAGUAACACUUGAGAAAUUAAAAACAAAGUUACAUUUGAAACCUACAAUAACUCGGUUAGACGAUUUGAAGAUUGCCGGUCACAAAAUAGAGGAAGUAGAACAUAUGAUAAAUGAAGAGGAAUGGAAAAUAAAACACACAAACGUGAUUUCACGAGUAUCUGUAAUGUCCUAUAUCAUUAUCAUAUCAUUAAGUUGUAUUUUAUGUAUAUAUUGUUGUAUAAAAUGUGGAUGUUGUAAAACUAUUGUCGGUAAUUGCUACAAGAGGUGUAAGGACGGUGAUUGCUGUAAUUGUAAAACCAAAUGUUUUAAACCAACAAUUGUAAACACAUACAGACCUAGGGAAAGCAAUGAGCUGGUCCAUUCCGUUAACGAAAGCCAGAUAGAGGAAAGGAUCGAUUUGAGAGGAAACAGUUUACGGAGAACUCAGACUAGUCGUUGACGGCUAAGUCCCAUUUCAAACUAAGAGAGGUGUAAAGAAACAAUUGUAUUUUCUUUAAUUGUUUCUUUUUCCCCCGCCAGGGAGGUGUCGUAAGUACCUAGUUAUUUUAGUUAUUUUGGGUUAGUAUUAGAAAUAUAAAAAUACUAUAACUAUAAUUCUGGUAUUAAAUUGUAUUAUAAGUAUAAGGUGAAUAAUGAGUAAUGUUUCAAUAGAGUGUUUCAUGUCUUGUGUAUCGAACGAUGAGUAUGCCUGUCGAAGGUUUACAAGCCUUCUAUGUCAGUUGGCUAACCAAAUGUUAGCUAUGUGUGGUGGUUCAAACAGACUGUUUCCUGCAGAGGAAACUACGCAUCACAAGGUUAAACAAUGACUGAAUCCUUGGACUGAACAUGAAACGAGUGUGUAAAUGAAAACGACGAAUCACGAGAAAGGGUGGGGAGAGAGUGCGCUCUGCCCCGGCAGAAGGAAGCGGACGGAAAGAGAGUGUGUCGGGAGACUCCCUAGGAGGAGGUCCUAGGAUGGGGACUGAGAGCUUUGUCAGAAGGAACAGACUUGUAGAGUCUUAAGUUUGUACUUGUAAUUUCUAUGUAUCAAGAAGUGGAGGUAAAAGCUUUGUAGAGUUUAAUACUUGUAACGAGCCAAGAAUGAAGAAUAAUAAUAAGAGUUGUCCUGUCUGCAGUAUUAAGUUAUUGCUUUUUAUCGCUCCGCUGCCCCACAUAGCCUCACCUAUAAGGAACCAGCCGCUCGGUCACGACAAUAUUUAAGAGAUUUUAACUUGAAUAUAGCUAUUAUAUAAUGUUUGCUAUGAAAGGGCUUCACAACUAAAUAUACAAUUCAGUCCUAUGUCCGCUCAACAUAUGACAUUAUAUUCACUUGUAAUCUCAAAAUGUUAAUAACCCAGUAUGUGCGCAAGAUUACCACCUACAGCUCUAAAUCCUCAAGGUUUCCCUUUGAAAGUCCCCAAUCUCAAAAACCAGACAUGACUUACGAAGGUUACAACCUAGCUAAGGAAGGAUUUUUUAAAUCCUUACCCUCUACAUUUGAAGAGCGUUAAAAACUGCAGAAUGGUACCCUUUUACAAAGGGAGUGCGGCCUGUGGAAAUAAACUAGGAGAAAAUUGUUGACAGCUUCUAAUUUUGGCACUAUUUGUAGGCGUAAACCACAUACUUCAUGCCAAAAAUUGGUGGCUACAUUGUUGUAUGAGGAUUUCGAUACAGAUGCUAUGAUAUGGGUUAGAGAUCACGAAAAAGAGGUAGUGAAAAAGCUGGAAGAGACUUGUGAUGUACAAGUAAAGGCAUGUGGACUGUUUGUUGAUGAAGAAAUACAAUUUCUAGGGGCCAGCCCAGAUGGACUGAUUGAAAAAGAUCGUAUCGUGGAAGUAAUAUGUCCAUCUUCUGGAGUAAAGCCAGAAGUUCUAAGUCCUGACGAGUUAAUUCUUAAAAGGAAAUGCACAUUUUGGAACAUAUCUCGAGACAAAAAAACUGUUACAGACAUUAAUAAGAAUCACCAUUUUUUCUACCAAGUUCAAGGGCAACUUCAUGUGACAAGGCGUAAUUACUGCAUCUUCGGGCUCUGGACUCCAAAUGGAAUUAAAACCACACGUAUUGACAGAGAUUAUCUGUUCUGGAAGGAACAAAUGGAUCAGCAAUUGACAAAGUUUUACUUAAACUGUAUGCUGCCAGAACUUGUAGACCCGCGACGACCGCGGUCGUUGCCCAUACGAGAUACUGACUAUAUUACAAAGGAAGGCUAUGAACGAAUUUGUUGCAAGACAACACAAACUUAGUGUCAAGAAACCAUCAAAUUCCAGAAGAAAUAAAAGUGUACAAGCUAUUGCCAACAAUGAUGAACCCGAAUCAAAGAAGACAAGAAGAAAUUUGUGUUUUUGAAUAUGAUUUAUCACUAUUCAUAAUGAAAUCGUCUCAUGUAAGUCAUUAUAAAUAUACCACAUGUUACACUCACCUGAACUUUACAAGACGUUUGGAUUUGAUUCUUUAGUACAAACGCAUGAUAUAGCUGUAUUGUUUUUGGGUAUGUCAUUUUAUGCAUUGUUCAGUUCUUAACUACAUACAUACAUUUUCAGUGCGAUAGUGUAACUUAUUAGUUAUGUGCUUACUACAUUGCAUGUGAUAGAAUUUCACUAAAGAUAAAAUCGUUGUAUCAAGUUUUGCAUAAAUUAUUAACAUGUACAUUUUGGGAAAGUGUUUCUGCUGUGUAAGAAAGGUUUCAUUUUGCACUAAGUAUACGUUUGAUGUGUUCUAACUUGCUAUUUCAGCACUGUGUGGGGAGAGAUUCAGUCUCAAAAUUGUAUAUAUGAAAUAAUCCAAUAUUCGAUAGAUAUGUGCGAUAUAUUCCUUUAACAUUAUUCGUAUUUACAUUUAAAUAAAAGAUAAUUGCAAUAUCAGUGUUAACUCGGCUGAGUGUAUUUCAACCAGUACUUAUCUAGAAUGUAUAAAAACAAUAAUUGAAAAAUGAAUGCGUGUAUAAAGAUCAUGUGUUUAUUUAUAGGUACUAAUAAGUCUGCAUUUGUGUCUGUAUUUGAUAAACUAUGUAUGGUAAGUUUGAAAUUGGCUGGCACAUUUUGUGAGGUAAUUCCUCUUGCAAAUGUAAUUAUGUUUGGCCGAUGAUAAACAUGAUAAGAUGUCGGAGUCACUGAUAAUCGAGACUUCAAGCGACUUCAUAACAAAUCAGGAACAUUAUGGCAAUAAGCAAGAAUUUACUUAAAUACAUUAAGUAAUCAAAUCAACUAGAAACAUUUUAAUAAAUGUUCUUGUCUUCUGGGUUCUAGCCGCGUCACAAUGGAAGUUCUUUCUGACGUUUCGGAGUGCGUUGCAGCCUCCAUCUUCAGGGCAGCAGCAGAAGUUGCUUCUUACCUACUGUUACUCUCAGUAACCUACUACCUACUGUUCGUCAGUAACCUACUACUUACUGUUACUGAAACGUUUUUUGUGGAAUUACUAGCUAUCCUGCCCUGCUUCGCACGGGUGUAGUGAUUUAAUUAUGUAGUGUAGGUGUAUUUACCAUUUAUUCUUGUGUAUCUACUCAAGGAAGCUUUUAUCUCUAUAUAAUAUCUAUAAAUCAGUGUCGCUGUACGCGUUUGUUUUUAUUUCCGCUUACUUCUUCUGAAAAAUGCAACUGAUUUUAAUGUGGUAUUUAUUAUCAGUUAAUUAUUUUUUUGUUACAAAAGGCUAUACACAACAGUACCCGAAGCAGGGUAGGGGAAGGUCGCUAGUGGGGCGACACCGCUUGACCGUAUGGUCAUUAGACCGUAUCAGAGAAAAGUGUGUCAGAAUCACUGCUAGCCCCGCCCCCUCGCUGCCAUUGGCCGGUAGCUAGAGGGGAAAGGGAACGUGACCAGGAGAAGAACAACAUAAGUACGCCAACUCUCAGACACAAUCAGGGUGUCCCCAGCUAGUACUUUUUCGAGUUUUUUGCCUUGAAUAUAAUAUUAUGUUUACACUAAAUUGUUUUAUUAUUAAGUGUUAUUCAAACACACACAGGAGUGGAAGGGAAUCUAAUUUUUCAGUUGACGACGACGAGUCAGGUCAGGAACUCAAUUCGGUCAAUCGGCAUUAAUUAAGUCAUAUUUUUUGUUCCUGGCUUUUAUUCUGUCGACAGUAAUAAUUAAUUUAAAUUUAGAUUAUCAAUGUACUAAUAUCGUUUUCAUGUUCUGGUUUCAUCGGUGGGAGAAAAAAUGAAACUGACAAUGAAAUCUUACAUGAAACAUCAAUAUGUUUCAAAUAAUCCAAUUGAAAAAGAAAAUACAGCUGACAACGGCCAGUUUUAGACAUAAGCAAAGUUUAUCUAGGAGCGAGAGUGGAAGCUCUUUUUGAUGGGAUUAGAUAAGAGCAUAGUUAGACCAAGUGAUGUAGGUUAACACUAUUGAAAGUUAAUUGUUUGGCCUUCUAUGUUGUAUUUUGGAGCCAAGUUUUAAAACAAAUAAAUUUUAAUGACUCUGUUCUAAAAGGUUUAGCCUUGCUGAGUCCAGAAAAGUAUAAAUCAGAUGACAAUCACAGUAUAAUGCCACUUGCCAAAUGUUUUCUUAAUGUUAUUGAAGAAAAAUAUUUCGAUAACCUGGAUAGGGAAUGGCGUUUAUUAAAGACUGUUGAAGCACUGAAGAAAGACGACGAAUUUAUGGUGUGCGGUAACAAUGACCCACACAGAUUUUAUUUUAAGUACUAUUUAUUUAUUUUAUUACCAUACUAUUUCGUUUGAUUGUUAUUAUUUAUGCUCAGUCUAAAUGCCAAUUAACUACAUGCAUUCAUGUUUAAAAGCUGUCAACAACAUCUGUAAUAGAAAUUUGAACAAACCAAGUUAAAGCCACUUGACAUAACCCAAAAAUUGUAUUUACCUCUGGAAAUGAUAUAUGAUUAAUUUAAUUUAUAACACUAAUUUUAUGUUGUGAAUAUUUCCUAAUCGAUUUCCUGUUUGUUUUCAUAUAUUGUAUUGUUGAAUGGAGUUCUAUCUAAUAGUGCUCAACGUAUUGUCCUGGGUGUACAUCAUAUACUUCUGACUCAUCCGUGAUAUUAUAUUCAUAUAAAUAAUAAUUUUAAUAUAUAAAUUUAGGAAGAAAAAUUCUAAUAUUUUAUUGUUGGAAAUCCUUGUGUCAUUAUAGUGUACUGUGUUGUGUUGAAUAAAUGUUUAUUGUGUUUUUUAAGUAAA